ACAACAAGUAAACAUGAACAUGUUUAUUUCUAUUUAACAGACGUGUGUAAGAGAGGCAAGCCAAAAUGCUAUGCAAGUCGAGCCACCAUAGCUAGCUGUAUCAACCGGUUCAGAUGUCGUCUAGCUUGUUUCAAACCCAGCAGAUGGAGCUGCUACACCUUCUUAAUGGUGUUCGGAGUUCUUUUUGCAGCAUUUCUUUACUUCUAUGGGCUCACGCUUAUGUACCAGGUGAUGAGACUGGUCCGUAUAAUGAUACACAGCCUGCUACCGGCGUCAUGGCUCAUGUCCACAAGUGAUAUUGUAAACCAAGCUCUCUACAAGUACAACGCAGAUCGUGUGGGUUUGGCUGACUACGCUCUUGAGUCUGCUGGUGGGAGUGUCAUUUGCAACAGUGACACUUACCAUGUGACCUCCGGAACCAUGUACAGUGUGUUUGGUUUGCCGGUAUGGUAUCAUGACUCUGACCCUAGAGAGGUCAUCCGGCCGGACGUACAACCUGGCAAAUGCUGGGCCAUGCAUGGGACACAUGGCUUUGUUACUAUCGGACUUGCCAUGCCUAUUGUUGUUACGGCAGUCAGCCUAGAGCACAUCCCUAAAGAGCUGGCUACCUCAGGAAAACUGGAUUCGGCACCUAAUGAGUUCCUCAUUGUGGGUCAGGAGUUAACUGUGGAUUCCCCUGAAGUCAUCUUGGGAAGGUUCACAUACAAACUUGAUCAGGAUCCCAUUCAAGUUUUUCAGAUUAAGGACUCCUACUGCCAGAUUAAGUCUUCCGACACUGAGAGCUGUGGACCCAAUAGACUCAUUUUCAGGAUCAUAACUCUCAAAGUGCAGAGCAACUAUGGAAAUUCUGAGUACACCUGCAUCUACCGCCUGCGUGUUCACGGCACGCCCAUGCCUCAGAUCAACAGGUUUUAGCACUCUCCAUAGAGUACACAAUCUGCCACUUUAACAAAUCCAAAUUAACUUCUACCACCACCUAUAGUAUGCAGUCACAAAUUAACUUCUACCACCACCUAUGGUAUGCAGUCAUAAAUUAACUUCUACCACCACCUAUGGUAUGCAGUCACAAAUUAACUUCUACUACCACCUAUGGUAUGCAGUCAUAAAUUAACUUCUACCACCACCUAUGGUAUGCAGUCAUAAAUUAACUUCUACUACCACCUAUGGUAUGCAGUCACAAAUCAACUUAUACUUCUACCUAUAGUAUGCAGUCACAAAUUAACUUCUACUACCAUCUGUUAUUACGCAGUCACAAAUUAAUAUCUACUACUAUCUGUUAGUAAUAAGACAAAAACUCCCUACUGUUAUUCUUUGUCACAAAUCAGCAACUUGUAAUUUCCUCAGAAAAAAUAUUUGUAUUUGAACUUUUUAAGGCUUAAGUAUAAGCUUUGACCUGCAUUUAUAAUUGCCAGGUUUUGCAUUUGGUCAAAUUUUUUUGUUUGUUGACAAAGUGUACACAAAAACAAAUACUGAAAGUUUAUCUGCUCAGCUUUUCUUGGAGAGAAAGAAGAUGAAAGCUUGUAUGUUGAUCACAUUUACUCUCCAUUGAAUGUGAUUCUAAGUUGAUAUUUGUUGAUCGUAUGUGUGCUCAUAAUAAUGUAUUCUAAGCUAGCAUAGGUUCAGAUUUACACUUAUUAGGAUAUGAGUUUACCCUUGUAUUUUGUGAUCUACUUUACACGUGAGGAUUUGAUUUUAAGCUGGCAUUUGUUGAUCACAUGUUUGCUCAUCAGGAUAUGAUUUUUAUACUAUCUUUAGGCUUUUUUAUAACAAUUUUAUAAUAUAUUUUUUAAAGCAUUUAAAUAAUUAAAGUAACAAAGUAGUA